AUGGUCUAACUUCAGGACUUAAAACAGUUUGCCCAGGGAGAGAACGCUCGGGUGUGCGAAGACAGAUCAGAGCGGAGGGCAUCCAGCUCGCGGCCCUGACAGUCUCCCCCAGAAAGUCGGCCCACCUGCCGCAGGGCAGCCGCGGGAGGGGCCGCAGCCGCACGCUCGCCCUCCGCGCCCCUGCCCCCAGCGCGGCCCCCCACCCGGGAGUUCCCCGAGGAGCCCCGCGCCCGAGACGCGCGGGGGGCUGCUGGGCUGGAGGCGGGGAGCAGCCGGGGCGCCAAAAUAGGAGCCGCUUGUGAGCUAGAGCUGCGCUAGCAGGCGGCCCCCGCCGCGCCUCUUCCAAAGAUGGUCAGUGGGGCCGCAGGCGCCCCCGCCCCCGUCCGCCGCUAGUCCGCCUGCCAGCCCAGCGCCCGGGAGCCGCCGCCGGAGGUAGCCAUGGCCCUGAAAGGACAAGAAGAUUAUAUUUAUCUUUUCAAGGAUUCAGCACAUCCAGUGGAUUUUCUGGAUGCAUUCAGGACAUUUUACUUGGACGGAUUAUUCACAGACAUUACCCUUCAGUGCCCUUCAGGCAUGAUCUUCCAUUGUCACCGAGCUGUUUUAGCUGCUUGCAGCAAUUAUUUUAAGGCAAUGUUCACAGCUGACAUGAAAGAAAAAUUUAAAAAUAAAAUAAAGAUCUCUGGCAUCCACCAUGAUAUUUUGGAAGGCCUUGUAAAUUAUGCCUACACUUCCCAAAUUGAAAUAACUAAAAGAAAUGUUCAAAGUCUGCUUGAAGCAGCAGACCUGCUACAGUUUCUUUCAGUAAAGAAAGCUUGUGAGCAGUUUUUGGUAAGGCAUCUGGAUAUUGAUAACUGUAUUGGAAUGCACUCCUUUGCAGAAUUCCAUGUAUGUCCAGAACUAGAGAAGGAAUCUAGAAGAAUUCUGUGUUCAAGGUUUAAGGAAGUAUGGCAGCAGGAAGAAUUUUUGGAUAUUAGCCUUGAAAAAUUUCUCUUUAUCUUGUCUAGGAAGAAUCUCAGUGUUUGGAAAGAAGAAGCUAUCAUAGAACCAGUUAUUAAGUGGACGGCUCAUGAUAUAGAGAAUCGAGUUGAAUGCCUAUAUAAUCUGUUGAGCUAUGUCAACAUAGAUAUAGAUCCAGUGUAUUUAAAAACAGCUUUAGGCCUUCAGAGAAGCUGUCUACUAACUGAAAAUAAGAUAAGAUCUCUGAUAUACAAUUCAUUAAAUCCCAUGCAUAAGGAGAUUUCCCAGAGGUCCACAGCCACGAUGUAUAUCGUUGGAGGCUAUUACUGGCAUCCUUUAUCGGAAGUUCACAUAUGGGAUCCUAUGACAAAUGUCUGGAUACAAGGAGCAGAAAUACCAGACUAUACUAGAGAGAGCUAUGGUGUUACAUGUCUGGGACCCAAUAUUUAUGUCACUGGUGGCUAUAGGACGGAUAACAUAGAAGCUCUUGACACAGUGUGGAUCUAUAACAGUGAAAGUGAUGAGUGGACAGAAGGCUUACCAAUGCUCAAUGCCAGGUAUUACCACUGUGCAGUCACUUUGGGUGGCUGUGUCUAUGCUUUGGGCGGUUACAGGAAAGGGGCUCCCGCAGAAGAAGCUGAGUUCUAUGAUCCAUUAAAAGAGAAAUGGAUUCCUAUUGCAAAUAUGAUAAAAGGCGUGGGGAAUGCUACUGCCUGUGUCUUACAUGAAGUUAUCUAUGUCAUUGGUGGUCACUGUGGUUAUAGAGGAAGCUGUACCUAUGACAAAGUCCAGAGCUACAAUUCAGAUAUCAAUGAAUGGAGCCUCAUCACCUCUAGUCCACAUCCAGAAUACGGAUUAUGCUCAGUUCCUUUUGAAAACAAGCUCUAUCUAGUUGGCGGACAGACGACAAUCACGGACUGUUACGACCCUGAGCAAAAUGAGUGGAGGGAGACAGCCCCCAUGAUGGAGAGGAGGAUGGAGUGUGGCGCCGCCAUCGUGAGCGGCUGCAUUUAUGUCACUGGGGGCUACUCCUACUCAAAGGGGACUUACCUUCAGAGCAUUGAGAAAUACGACCCGGAUCUUAAUAGAUGGGAAAUAGUGGGGAAUCUUCCAAGUGCCAUGCGGUCGCAUGGGUGCGUUUGCGUGUAUAAUGUCUGAUUGACUUCUUAGAAAUAUCCAAGUAUUCACUGUUUAGGAGUACAGAAAACAGGAGUGUGACAUUGGGAGUUUGUUGCUUGUUAUUGUGGUUUAGCACAUAAUAAGUGAAGCAGUGGAGUUAAUACUUGUAGUCUGUGCUUUUCCAAGGUAAUACUGAAAGGUGGGCACUUGAUAAAGGAUGAAAUAACUUUGCAGUGUGUUUUUUUCCCUCUGGUAGUAUCAACACUGGCUGUAGGUUGAAUCAUUCUAUGGUAUAAAAUGUCUCUUAUGACCCUUUAAUGUAGUAAACAGUGUGCAUUAAGGUUCUGCUUAGCAGGAAUCUGAAAUUUAGAGAGAAUCUUCUCUACCUCUAUAAAAUCAACACUUAAGUUUUUUUUAACCUUAAUACUUAUUUAGAAUGCAGAUUUACUACAAACUUGGUUUUUCCCCCUUCUUAGUUUGCAUAAUUUACUGUUAUUAUUCUUUUUGACAGACUCUAGAUUAUGCUCGAGAGAUAUACAAGGUACUGUGCAAAAAGAUUUACAAACUAAGUGUAAAAGAAUGGCAAAUCUGAAAAUUUGCAGAAGGAAAAGAGGCAAACGUUUGCUGCUCCUAAGAGCUAUAUAAUUUUUGGCUUUGACAUAAUUGCUAGCUUAGCUGUCUUUAAGCAUGUUAACAAAUCCUUUACGAGUAAGUAUAGAUACAUGUUUGCAUGUCAAAUUAAAUUUUUGAACCAGAAAGCAAGUAGAACAAUUGUGAUACAGUAGACAAUACAUACAAGGAAAAAAUCUGCAUGAUUUUCCAGCUCUGCCACUCGCUACAUUUUGUGACUUAGAAGGAGUGAUUUUCCAGCUCUACCACUCGCUACAUUUUGUGACCUCUCCUGGGUUAGAGCUCCCUGACUGGGGCACAGCAACACCCUGGGUUAUAGACAUCCCCAUAGCCCUUGGGACAGCUGGGUGGCUGGAGCUUCAGGGUCAGAAACAACUUUGUAGAUUUUCUUCACUGUGCCUAUAGGAUCACUUCCCAUGUUUGUCAUGACUUGCGAAACAGUGGGGAGCGUUUCUCAUGCACCUAAACUUUCAGUAAAUCUGUUCGACCAAUCUAUCCACACUCUUCACUUUUUUAAAAGACAAUAAUUUUCUAAACUUUAAAUACAGAAGUUAAAAUAUACCCAUGGCUUCUGAGAUAUAUAUAUAUAUAUAUAUAUAUAUAUAUAUAUAUAUAUUUUUUUUUUUUUUUUUUUAAUUUUAAAAAGAAACUUUAAUGCAUUCAUUUCAGGUGGCAUUUGAAAUAGACACAACCCGUUGGGGGAUGCAGUGUGGUGCUAUACAGAGUCAUAAAAACAGCUAUAUCUUGGCCCCAUAAGUUGCUCCUAACUUUAUAACCUUGUGAGUAAUAUAAGGAGGUGACAAGAUAGCUCAUCUGGGAAGGUGCAUGCUUUACCAUGUGCAUGACCCAGAUUUGAACUCCCAGUACACCACAUUGGAGUACUAUGGCAUUGGGCAAAGCUUUAAUCCUGUAAGGUCUCUCCCUCCCUUUUUGUCUGAAAAAGAUAGUCAAGAGUAAUAAAGCCCAAGCAACAACAAAAAAUAAUGAUCAGAUAAAAAACAAAAAAAGUUUAAAGGUAAAUGCAUGAGGGUAUUUAUGUCUGCAUUGUUUACUAUAAUAAAAAAGGAAAGUAAUUUACAUGUCAAAGAAGAAAAUGAGCUAAUGAAAAUUGUGAAAUAUUAUACUGCUGUUAAAACAAAUAUUUGGAAGACUGUACAAGCAUGGAUGUAUCUGAUAUAGUGGGUACAAUAAGCACAAUGUGACAUAGUAUGCACACAAGGAUUGUGACUUUAUAAAAUCUUUAUGCAUGUGGAAGGUAAUUAUACAAAAUUGAAAUUGUUUCACUGUUAGAAGGGCAUGGAAUUUUGUAUUUAUUUAAAUGUUUUCCUUUUUUAAAUGUUGCUCUUUAAUACGACUUUGUAUUUUCAAUAAAAAUAAACAAGUCAUCA